AUGCCUUGCCUCCCGAACUUCCGUUUGCACCCGUCCCAGACCUUGGAGAUGCCUUUCCCGCCAAUCCGGAGGGACCUUGAAGAGGAGGUACGUCCUGGUAGGAUCGCUCGUGCUGUGGGCGAUGAGCGCUCACGAACAGCCGUGGCAUCUCCUGCCCUGCCCUGGGAGAGAGGGGUCUUCAGAGCCAUCUUCGGGGAUGAGGGCUUAACUAAUCCCUUUGAUAACCUUGUGCUUAAGAUGCCUGGCCCAUUAGUCCCCGCACAUGUGCCGUCGGCAGAGCCGAAGAUUCCUGAGCCCCCCAUGCCUUCCGCUGACAUUGCAAGCAGGGCAUUCAAGUCUUUCAAGGAUGUGCAUCCCAGCGACGAACGUGACAUGGUCAUGGACCGAGCGGUGUGCAAGUUGCAGCAUAUAGUUUGCCGCGCCGAUGUUGAUCGUUUGUCGCCUGAACUCGCGAGAGCGGCCUCUUCCAAAGAUGCAAGAGACGAAGUGUUUGGCAUCGUGUCAGCUUGUGUAGGCCUACGCAGUCCGCACACGGUUGUGAAGCGUGCUAACACAAUUCUGGAUUCUGUGUGGAACUUCAUUUCUUAUUUGAAGAAAGAGAAGGCAGCUCCUACCCGUGCGGCCUCUCUCAUCUCAGCUUUGCGUUUUGCGAACUUCGUUCUGGGGCUGAGCUUGUCCGAGGUUCUUGCGAGCCGCAGGAUUCUUGGCCUCAGUGCCCAGUUGGGUGUUAAAAAGAAGGCGACCAACCGAGCCCGGCCUCUCAAGGUGUCGGAGGUGCGCUUCCUGCAUGGCGUGCUGGAAGACGAGAGUGCGCCGAUCUGGGACCGGGCAAUUUGCGCUUAUCUCCUUCUUGCACUCUACGCGAGAGCCAGACACAGCGAUUUGGUUCUUGUGGAGGAGGUGAUAGCAGAUUUUGAUCGCAUGUGCAGCGGAUACCUAGAGAUCCGUCUCAGAUUUCACAAGACGGCCCAGACCAUCGCAAAGAAGAAUGAUUUGUUGCCGGUCAUCGUUUCAAGCAAAGGCAUUGUGGCUGGCGAUUGGCUAGGAUCAGCGACUGAUGCUUUUGAGCGAGUGGGCCUCACCUUGAAUGGGACUGUCGGCGCGGGUCUCUUCAGGCCUUUCAGGUCUGGUGGUGCUGCCCCGGGGCGACGAAGCCUCAGGUCGUCUGAGUGCACAUCCAUGUUGAAAAUGGUUCUUGAGCGAGCCGGGUCAGAUGUGUCAAUGGUCACGUCACACUCGUUGAAGAGAACCCUGCUUGACUGGGGAUCCAAGUUUUGUCUUGAUGACGGGAUUUUGGCCUUGCUUGGGCGUCACAGUAAGUGUGUCAAAGGAAGCGUGCCCGUCUACGCCAAAGAGGAAGCCUUGAAAGCUGUGAGGGCUCUUGAACCUAUGUGCCAAGCGGUGGCCGCCGGAUCUUUCCACCCGGAUGCUGCCCGAGCCUUAUACUUUACCGAUCCCCCAGCGCCAACCGUGGUGCCCCAAGCACCAGAGCUCAGGGCGUCUGUCGAAGCAAAGGUUGAAAUCAUCAAUGAUUCGGCGUCCGAACAGGCCGCGUCCGAGGGGCAUCGUUCUUCAAGUAGCAGCGAUACAGUGACUCCGAGUCACAAGUGGGAUGCCGCCGACUGUGUGGCCAACUCCCGGACCAGGACACUUCACCUCCUGAAGUUUGUGUCGGGCGGUACCUCGGAAGUUUUGAAUUGCACAGCGGACUAUCCGAAGCUCCUUUUGCUCGCCAUGUCCUCGUUAAUUGAUAGCGGUGCACACUUUAAACGGCGUGCAGACGAGGUCGGCCUCAGCAGUGCAGGAUGGACCAUCCUGCAAGCCCUAGGCAUCACCUCAGUAGGCAAGGCGGCGUACACCAUCACAUCGCCGGGUGAGCCAGUCACGGAGCCCAUCUUCCGAGAGUGGGUGGUCGAUAAUGCUGCCGGUAUGACUCUGGGUGAUCAAUCAUGCUUGAAGCGACUCGUGUUCGAGUCUCAGACCCUGGUUGUUGCUGAGUUGCGCGACCAAGUAUCAGGGUCUCAGUCAUCCACUCCUCGCCGUGUUCCCGAGGCUGAACGCGACAGAAGAUUGAAUGAUCUCCGGGCAGCCCUCCCAGGCAUCACGCUGGAAGGCGUGAACAUGCCAAGCAAUGCCCUGCUAGACUCGUGUUGUCAGCAGGCUCUGCAGGUCGAAGCUUCCAAAAUAGUUCUUAAGAGCGACACCGAUGCCGGUGAAUAUCAACCAGUCAAUGCGCUCCAGACCAUGGAGGCCUUUCGGCGUCGGGGUUUGGCCAUGGUGUUUGCACAGAUGAUUUCCUAUGACGCUUAUGAUCGGUAUGUGAAUCGUCUCUUCAACCAUUUGUCCUGUGACCCACCGCCAGGGCUCAGUCGCGUGAACGUGACACAAUUGGUCAAUGCCGACAAGCAAGUGUUUGCGCUCCUGGCGGAAUGGGGUGUCAAGCCCAGGAAGGAUGCUGCAGGUGAGUAUCCCCUUGACAAAGAGAUGCACCGCGGUUUGGAAUCCUACGAGGUGUCCAUUGCCCUCAUGCACCAAGCUCCCCAAGGCAAGCACCCUUUUAAGAAUAUUCGCAAGCGCCAUCCCUCUCGGCCCUCAACCCCUGAUCCUCCUACGAAGCUGCCCAAAGGCAAAGGCCGAGGCAAAGGUGCCAAAGGUUCUCCUGCGAUGCCCAAGGAGCUCGUGGAUUUGAAGGCGCAUGCCACCACGCCUGAAGGUAAGAGUAUCUGCUAUGCUUUCAACUUGAAGGAGUGCAAGCGCACUGACUGCCCCCACCAACACGUGUGUGCCAGGUGUUUCCAGCCUCACUCGAUUCGCAAGUGCGCUGCCGCCGGGGCGUGA